AGUUUUGGUUCUACCAAUUCUCCAUUGAACAGCGACCAGGGAAUUCGCACAGAGUUCUGAGCGCAACAGCAACAACAACAAGAAUAUAAAGAACUAUAAGAGCGACAAAUCAACGGAUAGCAGGAUGGCCACCAGCGGUAUUGUCGAGUCAUUUCCCACGGGUGCCCUGGUACCCAAGGCGGAGACUGGAGUGCUAAACUUCCUGCAAAAAUAUCCAGAGUAUGACGGUCGCGACGUCACCAUAGCCAUAUUCGAUUCCGGCGUCGAUCCCCGGGCAACGGGACUGGAGACGCUGUGCGAUGGGAAAACCGUAAAAGUGAUAGAGCGAUACGACUGCUCUGGAUGCGGCGACGUGGACAUGAAGAAAAAAGUGACUCCAGAUGAAAGUGGCAGCUUUAAGGGUCUAUCCGGCAAUACACUUAAACUGAGUCCAGACCUUAUUGCCCUCAACACCGAUCCGGACAAGGCGGUGCGAGUGGGCCUCAAGAGCUUCAGCGAUUUGGUGCCCUCCAAGGUAAGGAACAACAUCGUUGCUCAGGCCAAGCUUAAGCACUGGGACAAACCGCAUAAGACAGCUACUGCCAAUGCCAGCCGCAAAAUUGUUGAGUUCGAGUCACAAAAUCCAGGGGAAGCCUCCAAGCUGCCCUGGGACAAGAAGAUUAUCAAGGAGAAUCUGGACUUUGAGCUGGAGAUGCUCAAUAGCUACGAGAAAGUGUACAGCGACAUUAAAACCUCCUACGACUGCGUCCUCUUCCCAACGGCCAAUGGCUGGCUGACAAUUAUCGACACCACAGAGCAAGGAAAUCUGGAUCAAGCCCUGCGUAUAGGCGAAUACACGCGGACACACGAGACCCGCAACGUGGACGAUUUCCUCUCCAUAUCCGUGAACGUUCACGACGAGGGCAACGUAUUGGAGGUGGUAGGCAUGUGCUCGCCUCACGGCACUCACGUUUCGUCUAUUGCCAGUGGGAACCAUAGUUCCCGGGAUGUGGAUGGCGUAGCCCCGAAUGCAAAGAUCGUAUCGAUGACCAUCGGUGAUGGACGACUUGGCUCCAUGGAGACCGGUACUGCUUUAGUACGGGCCAUGACAAAGGUAAUGGAGCUGUGUCGCGAUGGACGACGCAUCGACGUUAUCAACAUGAGUUACGGCGAGCAUGCAAAUUGGUCGAAUACUGGCCGCAUUGGAGAGCUGAUGAACGAGGUUGUCAACAAGUACGGCGUUGUCUGGGUUGCCUCUGCUGGUAACCAUGGCCCGGCUCUCAGCACCGUCGGGACUCCACCGGACAUCAGCGAGCCAAGUCUGAUCGGCGUGGGUGCCUAUGUAUCGCCACAGAUGAUGGAAGCAGAGUAUGCAAUGCGAGAGAAACUGCCUGGCAACGUGUACACCUGGACAUCGCGGGAUCCAUGUAUCGACGGCGGUCAGGGCGUGACCGUGUGCGCUCCAGGAGGAGCCAUAGCUUCCGUGCCACAGUUCACCAUGAGCAAAUCACAGUUGAUGAACGGUACAAGCAUGGCAGCGCCUCACGUGGCCGGCGCGGUGGCGCUGCUCAUCUCAGGACUGAAGCAACAGAACAUCGAGUAUUCGCCGUACAGUAUUAAGCGAGCGAUCAGCGUCACUGCCACCAAACUAGGCUACGUAGAUCCCUUUGCCCAAGGACAUGGUUUGCUCAAUGUGGAAAAGGCCUUUGAACAUCUAACGGAGCACCGGCAGUCGAAGGAUAAUAUGCUGAGGUUCUCCGUGCGUGUGGGAAACAACCAGGCCAAGGGCAUUCACCUGCGCCAAGGCGUUCAGCGCAAAUUCAUUGAUUAUAACGUGAACAUUGAGCCAAUCUUCUUUAAUGACAAGGAGGCGGAUCCCAAGGACAAGUUCAACUUCAAUGUGCGCUUGAAUCUCAUUGCUUCACAGAGCUGGGUGCAGUGUGGAGCUUUCCUGGAUCUCAGCUAUGGCACCCGAGCAAUUGUGGUGCGCAUAGAUCCAACUGGACUCCAACCAGGCGUUCACAGCGCCGUGAUUCGUGCAUACGAUACCGACUCUGUGCAAAAGGGUGCUCUCUUUGAGAUUCCCAUCACGGUGAUCCAGCCUCAUGUGCUGGAGUCUGAUCAGAACACACCCGUCUUUGAACCUGUCUCUACCAAGGGAGAUAAUAGCGUGGAGUUCCAGCCAAACACCAUUCAGAGAGACUUUAUCCUGGUGCCUCAAAACGCUACUUGGGCGGAGCUGCGCAUGCGCAUCACCGAUCCCAAUCGUGGCAAGGACAUUGGCAAGUUCUUCGUACACACGAACCAGCUGCUUCCCAAGCAAUCUUGCCGGAAACUCGAAACUAUGAAGAUCGUAGGUGUGGGCUCGGAAAAAGAAUCUACCUUGGCUUUCAAGGUUAAGUCUGGCAAGAUUUUGGAGCUCUGCAUUGCCAAGUAUUGGUCGAACUAUGGUCAGAGCCAUCUGAAAUACAGCCUUGUUUUCCGCGGGGUGGAAGCCCACAAUCCCAAUGCUUAUGUUAUGCAUGCCGGAAGAGGUAUUCACAAGCUGGAGAUCGAGGCCCUGGUUUCGGAGGAUGUUCAGCCGCUGUUGCAGCUGAAGAAUGCUGCUGUGGUUCUUAAGCCCACCGAGGCCAAGAUCUCGCCGCUAAGCGCCACCCGGGACGUUAUCCCAGAUGGACGACAGGUGUACCAGAAUCUGUUAGUCUAUAAUUUGAACGUGACCAAGCCCGCAGAGGUGGCUCUGUACGCACCCAUCUUUAACGACUUGCUGUACGAGGCGGAAUUUGAGUCCCAGAUGUGGAUGCUGUACGAUGCGAACAAGGCCCUGGUGGCGACCGGCGAUGCUCACUCCCAUACCUUCUUUACAAAGCUCGAAAAGGGUGACUACACAGUUCGAUUGCAGGUGCGUCACGAGAAGCGGGAACUACUGGAGAAGAUAUCGGAGGCCAACCUGGUGGCCUCCUUUAAACUGGCAAACAUGCUAUCGCUCGACUUCCACGAAAACUACAACCAGUGUAUCGUGGGAGGCCGGAAGUUUGUCUCUGCCCUGAUGAGAGGAUCCACGCGUGUUCUGUACAUCGCCCCCAUUACCCAAGAGCGCCUCACCAAGGCCAAUCUACCCGCCCAAUGCGCCUGGCUGAGCGGUAACCUGGUAUUUCCGCAAGAUGAGGCCGGCAGACGGGUAGCUUUGCAUCCCUUCACCUAUAUCCUCAAUCCGGCAGAGAAAAAGGCACACACGAAUGGUUCAGGGAAUGGUACCAUUGCUGCGGGAUCCACAGCUGCAGCCGCCGCCGCCGUCACUGCCAAUGCGGCUAAACCCAAAGCUCCUGGUACUCCACAGGCGGCCACAUCGGUGAACAAUCCGGCUGCUGGCGAUGGAAUCACAGUCCAAAACGAUGCGCCUGUUGACGUCAGUACCAGCCCUGCUUCGCCGAAAAAGGGCAAGGCCAAUGCCGACGACUAUGCCGAAAGCUUGCGCGACUUCCAGUGCUCGCACAUUGUCAAGUGUGAGCUGGAAAUGGCUGAGAAGAUCUACAACGAUGUCGUGGCUACCCAUCCCAAACACUUACAGGCUAACCUGCUGCUCAUCCAAAACAUUGAGUCAAACCAGUUGAAGUCCCAACUGCCUCUUGCUUUUGCUAAUGCCCAGAAGGCAUCUCCCCCGGAGGCAGGAGAGGGUUCUGAUAAACAGAAGGAAGAUCAAAAGAAACUGCGCAGCGCCCUCGAACGCAUUGUCAAGCUGGCAGAUAAGGUGAUCCAGGAGACCGAUGCCGAGGCACUGCUCUCAUACUACGGACUAAAGAAUGAUACUCGCGCCGAUGCAGCUAAGAUUAAGACAAAUAUGGACAAGCAAAAGAACAAUCUCAUCGAGGCGCUGAGCAAGAAGGGCAUUGCUCUUUCCAAGCUGGCCGUUUUAGAUGACAACAUUAACGAUCGCCUGGUCGAGAUCAACGAUCUGUACACGGAGAUUAUUAAGUUCGUGGACGCCAAUGACUCCAAGGCUAUUCAGUUCGCCCUGUGGCAUGCCUAUGCCCACGGUCACUAUGGAAGAAUGUACAAGUACGUGGUGAAGCUGAUCGAGGAGAAGCGCUCUCGCGAUCACUUCGAAGAGCUGGCCGCCAUUAACGGCGCCCUGGGUCACGAGCACAUCCGGACUGUCAUCAACCGUAUGAUGGUCACUGCCUUUCCCAGUAGCUUCCGUUUGUUCUGAGCACCGUAAAAUAGUAGUCGCAACAAAAAUUCACGCUUCGAUGCGAUCAUUGUUUUUUAUAACUAAUGUAAUCCAUAUGUAUAUGAAUAAAUGCUAUUAAUUGAAAUUAAAAA